CGCCCUUACUUAGAUGUGCCAAGCCUAUCGACCGCGGAAGCAUAACGAUGCCCUCCAACUUCCCGCCAGUUCAGCCGAAGCCAAAGCUCAAAGUCUGCGAAGUGUUGGCAAACCAGAUAUACACCGUCGACGACUUCUUUUCUCCUUCCGAAUUGCGAGCAGUUCUCGCUUGGGCUCAAUCACUAGAGCUGGAAGGCCCCAAGAAACCUGGGAAAGGUGAAGCAGAAAGAACAGGCCGUCGGGCGUCGUUGCAUUCUCCUGAGAUAGCCAGCUCCCUCUUACGGCUUCUUCACCCUUUGCUUCCUUCUCUGUCACCGCCCUAUACUUCGCAUCCUGGUCUUUCAGCCAAUAUUCGGGUGUACCACUAUCCUCCUCACACUUUCUUCGGUCAACAUUACGACAUGCCGCAGCUUGACCAUGCUUCGCGGCGAUUGAGUUGCUGGACGGUCUUGGUUUACCUCUCUGACGGGGUUACUGGGGGUGGCACGACUUUUUACCCUCAUGAAGAGACUGGAAAAAAAGGCAAAAAGGGAAGUAAAACUGGCCUUAAGUAUGGGCAGAAGGAAAAAGUCACGGUGGAGCCGAAGGCUGGUAGAAUGCUAUUACAUUGGCAUGGUGUGAGUGGUGGUGGCUGUAUGAAGCAUGAAGGAGACGAGGUGCUAUCUGGCGAUAAGUGGGUUCUCAGGACGGAUGUACUUGCAUGAGAUAUCAGGUCCACUGCAGGUAGCCGUAUACGACUCGGCAGGUAACACCCAGCACGAUCAUGUCUUAUCCGUCUUAUUUGAAUCAUCAGCUCAACCAUUGACGAGUCAAUUGGAACCAGAGCGUCCGCAUCAGUGAUUAAUUACUUAUAUCUUAUUUCUCGUUGCUCUGCCCCCCUUGAGGGGCUUGGUAGCCUGAUUAUAACCAAGAGACAGACCUGGCUCACUUAUGUCCUUUUUAAGAUCGCUUAAAUUGAUUGGGUCAAUGUCCUGCGCCCUUCCAACACGUGAAUCCUGGAUGGUGGCUCAUUAUGAGGUCGCAUAGACGGGGCGGUAAUCAUGACCACAUGAAAAAGAGGGGAGGCCGAAAUUAUAUGUGUCUCUGUUGGGUAUGGCUGAGAAGACAUUGUUAUAGGAGAAGCAGUACGUAUAAUGGAAUGAAGCAUAGCGGUCUUGUCAUCUUUUCGACUUGUGUGGCUCAGCCGAUGCAAUGGCGGCAUUUGUUCUUUCAUUCGCAUUCCGUAAUAACCGGGAUGAACCUGAAGCUGCGCUUGAACUUUUGAAUGUUUGUUGUAAGGUAUAUCUUCUCAUUACAUCGUAAAAUAGCAAGUUAAAGCAGAUGACUGUAUGAGAUGUAGAUAAGCGAAUU